AUCGCUACCUGUGUCGUACCGACUGUGCACAUGUGUAAACAAGGAGCUGGGUACUUCCUUGAGUAAGUAACGUUAUUAUAGAUGAUGGAUUAGUAGCAGUAAGCUAAUUUUAUAGUUUAUUUGAGAUUUGUAGACAAGAAAACGGACCUUUGGUAAAUAGAUUUGGACCGAAAAUGGCGUCUUCUACGGAGCAAAAUGACAGCGACGACGGCAUGGACGAGUUUAUGGACAAAUUCAAGACCCAGAGAUAUAAAAACGCCUUCAGUGAAGACAGCUGGGAAGAGGAGUUUAAUAAAGUACCUAUGUUCAUGAAAACAGCCCCCGAAGAGCUUGACCCAAAGAAAUACCCUGAACUGGCUUGUCUCCAGGCCAUUAUCCACGAUGAAGACAGGCCUCCCGAAGAGCAAGCAAAGAGCCUGAAAGAUGAGGGAAAUGCCUUUUUCAAAGAGAAGAACUAUCAAAAGGCCAUACUGUCCUACACAGCAGGUUUGAAGAAGAAAUGUGACGACCAGGACCUCAACACUGUUCUUCUCACCAACCGGGCUGCUGCACACUUUCACCUGGGUAACAUGCGCUCUGCACUGAACGAUGCUGCAGCUGCAAAGAAGAUCAAACCGGACCAUCUCAAAGCUUUGAUCAGAGGUGCUCAGUGUUGUAUAGAGCUCCGUAACUUUUCAGAGGCCAUCCAGUGGUGUGAUGAGGGGCUUAAAGCCCAUCCCACCGACAAGAAACUACAGGAGCUGAGAGCUGCUGCGGACAAACACAAGAGGGCAGCAGAGAGAGAUGCCAGGAAGGCGAAGGUCAAAGAAAAAAAGUUGCAUGGUGAGAAAGAAGCUCUUCUGGCUGCUGUAAAGGAUCGAGACAUCAAGCUCUUCCAGUCUGCAAAGCCUCGUCAGCGUGGUUCAGACAGUGAGGAUGAGGAUGAAGGCUCCUCUGCAGCAAUCUCGCAGCUGAGUCUGGACGGCCUCAGCUCUCAGGAGGUGACGGGGGCUCAGGUCUUCCUAGACGAGCAGGGAUCUCUGCACUGGCCUGUUUUCUUCUUCUAUCCUGAACACCAGCAGAGUGAUUUCAUCUCGGCUUUCUCUGAGAACAGUUGUUUCAUAGAUCACCUUGCGGUCAUGUUUGGAGAAGAACUCCCACCUUGGGACACGGACAGAAAAUACCGCCCACAAAAUCUGCAGCUGUACUUUGAAGAUGAAGAGGAGACACUCUACCAAGUAAACCCAGAGACGUCACUUUUAAAAGCGUUGCAGCAUAAAAGGUUUUUUGUUAGGGCGGGCAUUCUCAGCUUCUUUGUUCUGGUAAAGGAUUCAUCAUUCAGGAAGCAGUUUUUAACAGGGAAGAAAAUCCAAGAAUUGUAAAAACGUUUGCUAUCAAAUCUUGGGAUUUUUUUAUUAUACAAAACUCUCUUUUCAACCUUAAAAGACUGACAACAAAAAGACACCAUGGCAAAUAUGUGUGUUUCUUGUGCUUGAGCUUGGCUCACUGAAAAACACCAAUUAUCAAUGUAAGGGAAUAUAAAAUAAAUGGGUUUGUCCAUGUGGA